UGCCUUCAAAGAUUUUCUGCUUCAUGAAUGCCUGAUCUCAGUUGGUAUUAUUUGUUGUUGCUCCUCUAAUGCUUUUCCUGCUCAAAUAAUAAUUAGUAGAUUAGUGAAACUUUUCAAGAUGCCCCACAGUCUCUCCAGUUCUCAUUUUCGUGAACUUCCCUGGGACAUAUCCUUCUCUGGAUCUGGAUUCCUGGCCACCUAUCAGCUGGGGGUUGCUCUGUGCUUUCUAAAGUAUGCACCCUGGAUUCUGGAGUCGGCCCCCCACAUCCUGGGUGCGUCUGCCGGAUCUUUGGUAGCAGCUGCUGUUGUCUGUAAAAUCAACCCGACUACCAUUCAAGAUGAGAUUAUUCUUUUUGCCAAACAGGUGAUGGCUUUCCCACUUGGACCGCUGAACCCCUCAGUCAGUGUUUUCCACUGGUUAGACAGUGUUUUGCGCAAACAUCUUCCUUCAGAUGCACACCAUCUAUCAAGCGGCCGCCUUGGUGUUGCUGUGACGCGUCUGACGGAUGGGAAGCACCUAAUUCUGUCAGACUUUCAGUCCAAAGAGGAUGUAGUGGAUGCUCUGCUGUGUAGCUGCUUUGUCCCUGGAUAUUGUGGCUUUCUGCCUCCACGCUUCAAAGGAGUUUACUACAUGGAUGGUGGCUUGAGUGGACUUCAGCCCUUACUGUCUGAGGCAUCCAGCUGCACUCUGACUGUGUGCCCAUUCUCUGGAGAAGCAGAUAUCUGUCCAGCUGACCCUACUUGUAUGAUGGAACUGGUAGCUACUGGAGCCGUUCUGAAGUGCAACAUUGCUAACAGCUUCAGAAUCCUCAAUAGUCUUUGCCCUGUGACAUUAGAGGCUGUAGAACAAGCCUUCCAUGCUGGCUACAAAGACACCAUCAACUUCCUUCAGAACAAUGAUGUUGCCCUUGCCAGGGUGGGGUCCAUUGUACCCCAAGUGUCCUCAAACUGUAAUUUGGCCAAUCCAAUGAUGGAUCUGAAGACAUCCAAAGUGGAAGAGCAGGAGACCACCAACCUGAGGAGAGCUUUAGAAGAACACAGAUCUAUGCAAAUGUUAAACUUCACUACAACAGAACCUCCAGGAGAUUCUUUACACGAUUUUGACAUGAUGAAGAAUGUUCUGAUGGGGAAUGUGACAACUUACCUGAGCAUGUUUGGGUUACCUGUGAGGAUCUUUUCCCAUCUGCUUCUACCUCUUGUGGUGUCAUUUUAUGCCGUGCUCCAAAGCAGACAAAGACUGAGGCUGCUCUUCAAAGAAUUCCCAAGGGUUGUUGUUUGGAGUUGGUAUUUUAUGAGACAGUUUGGAAACUUCUUCUUUGGAAUUAUCAUUUCUAGCCUCAAGAAGCUAAUAAAAGACCGGUUAAUCCAGAUCAUUUUGCUGCUGCAUUGGCUGAAGGUUUACACACAACAAGAGGUCCUGUGAGCAGAGAAGAAUUUAUCGCCACUCUUUGAAAAUGAUGACUCUGUAUCUCAGGGUAAUGGAAAAUGAUAAGGACAGGGAACAUCCCCUGCUCGAAUAGCAGAAAUGUAAAGACUGUAGUUUAGGCCAUGUAUAUUUUGGAUAGGAUGAUGUGUAAAUAUGCCUGUGAAGCAAAAAUCUUUUUUUUUCUUCAAAUUGCGUUAAAAAUAGCAAACAACAAAACAAAAAUAAACUUGAGUAUGGAUCUUGGUUAACCAGAGUCUGAAUUUAUGUUUUGUUUAAAUGCAGAAUUUCUCAAAAUUAAAUCAAUGAACGUCAUAUAAUAUGGUGUACCGCUGUCACUUUUCAGAUGUAAGGCCCGAACCAUCAAAGUUAUGUAGCCUGGAGUCAGUCAAUAAAAACUU